AUGUCAUUUCUCCCCUCCUUCUCCUCCCUAGGAGGCUCCUCCCCCUCGUCCACCUCGACGAUUGGCUCAUCUUCGCAAAUCAUCUACAAGCCCGCCAGCUUAUCCUAUUUCACCAUCUUCUGCCCGGCCCUAAAGCCGCCGAAGCACAAGGCAGCGGCCACUGCCGACACCGCACAGCAAGAUGACACUGAAGAAGAGGACGAAGAUGCUCGCGAGACGGCGCGCGAAGCCGCUCAGAUCCUCUUCUACACCAGUCGAGCUCGUGCAGCACUAAAAGACCGUAUGCUACGUCAGAUAGGUGUCGCCAAAGGAAUGAUCGAGUUUUGCAGCAUGGUUUCCAAGACCUCACCCGCAUCCACCUCCCCACACGCUUCCUCAAUCGAGUUUGGCGGCAAAGGCAGAAUAUGGAAUAUCCAUUCAAGCAAGCGUCGCAUGAUCCUGGUUGAGGUGCAAUCUGGUCUUUGGGUACACGCCAGUAUCGACCUCCCCCAUACCACUCGCCCAACCCUCUCGUCCGAUCCCAAAGCAAAAAUGGCAAAAGAAUAUCACGAUUCGAUCCUUCAAGAUGCAUGGAUAGAAGAGAGCAUCCGAAGAGCAUGGCGCGAUUGGACCCUUCUCAAUGGCUGUCCAGCUCACAUACUCUCGCAAAGGACAGGAAGAGCAGGAUUGGAGAGAUCACUGGAAAAGUACUUUUCAGUAUGGGCUUGGAGCUGGGAUCUUGAACUGGCCACCAAUGCCGAUGUUGCACAGGAGAGAAGUUUGUUCACGGAAUGUGUACAGGGCUUUCCAGUCGUAGCUAGUGGACCGAGAAGCAAAUUGACGCAGCUGAUGCAGACUGAGGCGGCACAGCGGUUGAGGGAGGGAAAGCAUGGGAGGAGGGAGAUGGUGGUGUUGAAGGAUACACAUGUACUUUGGCCUGCCACUGACGCUGGGUGUUUUGACCAUGAGGAGGAAAUAGAAGAUGGGCAUAAAUCUUCACAGGGCAUCAUGGGGAGAAACAGCUCAAAGGGUUUGAAGCAAAGUCAGUCACAGCAGCAAGAAUCGCAAUUGAUCGACCCAGCAACGAAAGCGGAACUUCUCCGUCGAGUGGUCAGCCAUCUCACAGGUCUGCAAAGGGAAAGGGACCUUAUUCGAGCAGCGUCUGUUUCGAGCAACAGCGAUGCUGGACGCAGAAGAGGCACCUCAGGCGCCAUCCGUGAACGAGGUAGUAGCAAGCGCGAUACCCGCGGUCUGCUCUCCACUAACACAAAUAUCGGUACGAGCAAGAAAAGGGUGGUAUCAUCGCCGAUCAUGCAACAGCGUUCUGCCAGUGCUUCCAGUUUCGCGUCUUCGACGACAACAGAGUCGAAUAGAUGGUCGAAUUGGGGGAGCGUGUUUGGAUUGGGCAAGCUUGGCUUUCGUGCUGGUGCAGCCGACUCAUCCCUUAGAAGCGAGACGACUGCGGGAGAUAACAGCGCGGACGCUGCUGAUGCAUCGAACAUUUCGAUCCUUACGUCGAAUGCCAGCGGAGUGGAAUCAAGGGCGACUGCAGCAGCUCGACAGGGCGACGCUCCAACUAUGUCCUCCCCUGUCGGAGCUCCAACGAAAACGAACGAUACUACAGGUGCUGCAGAGGGAGGAGAGGCCUCAACAAGCCCAUUACAAGUCUUUGCACCGAUCCAAGAAGCUGGAGGCAAGAUAUGGACCGGUGCCGAGCUGGCCUUUCGAGGAUUAGGGGCUUCAUUGGGGCUUGCAAACGCAUCUGCUUCAGCCUCAAGCACGGACGACGAUGCGACACCCGCAAAGACGACAGAGCAAGAGGGCGACAUUUCAGAACGGGAGAGAUUUGCCGACGCUUCCUUUGACACGAAUGGGACAGGUGCCGACGCUGAUGCGAGCGUGGUGACGAAGGUGUCGGUCCUGGAGCCGGAGGUAGAUGUCAGUGAGCUGGCCGAGGCGUUGGGUGUUGAUGAGGAGGAACUGGCGGAGCAAGCUGGCGGAGACGCGCCUUGUCAAUCCAGCGAAGGCGCGGAGGAGCAGGCUGCUGCAAAAUCUGUUUUCGUCUUCGGAGCUUCUUACCCGAAGACAGAGAUGAAAGCUGCAGCCCUGAAUACAUCGAACGACGAUCCUAUGGCAUCCUCGGACGACACUCAGCUCUGCGCCGGCUGGGAUGGUGCGUCGAUCAAGACAAGUGCCAGCGCGAAAGCCUUCCCCUCGAUCUCUGUAACAUCUGCGGCAUGGUACAACACCAAAGCCCUUGGAUCAGAUCCAGCGGUCACCGCAAGCUCACCGAAGUUGCCUUGGGCCGCGAGCAUGUUGGCCACGACUUGCAACUUGAACGCCAAGGCAACCAAGGAGGAAUCUGCUGAAGCACCCGAUACAUCGCUAGGCGGCAUUUCUGUUUCUUCUGAGCAUCACGACUUUGAACUAGACGGAUGGGGAUACGAGCAGCCCCUCGCCUUGCAAUCGUUCCGAUGCUUUGUUGGAGACAGCGACCUGGCGAUCUCGUACGAAAGUCUGGCACUGCUACAAGAAGAGAGAUUCGAAUGUGGAGAGUAUCGAGUGUCGUUUACCACUAGACGGCUGCUUACGCUGGUGCUGAUAGAGAAGGUGGCGCCCACUGUCGGAUCGACGCUGGAGAUGAAGGGCAUCGAUACAGCGGAGGUGCUGGAUGAUGCUUGGCAAGUGUUGCGACGUACUCAGAGGAUUCUCAAUGACUAUGAUCGACUUGCACAAGUAAAGGUGCAAGAAGAAAGGAGUGUAAGAUUCCUGCACCUGGAUGGCCAGACUCUGACCUAUCAAUCCUCGCUUGAGAAUAAGGUGGAGGAAGAUGUGCAAGUGGUAUCAGAAGCACACUGCGUAGGAGCUAUGGAACUGAUGCACAAUCACGGAGUGGUCGAAACAUUUGCUAGGAGUAGCAAUGGGAAGACUUGGACUGCUAGUCGUAGGGGUAAACCUGCCAGGAAGGAUCUGGAUGACGGUGAGAAGGGCGAGAGCAAGUGGAAUCAGACGUAUAUGGUGCUGGCGGGCAAGAAAAUGAGUAUUGUCGAUUGCGACACUGAACUGAGACGGUUGGCUAAUCAGUAUCCCUCCUUUGGCAUAUGA